AUGGCUGCUCAAAAUGGCCACCCAGCAGUAAUCGUGAUCGUUUUCAUUUCUCUGGGCGCAUGCUUUUUCUUCUUCGCCCUCGUCCCAGCUGCAAUUUGCUGUUUCAUCAUAAAAAAGAAAAAGAAGAAGUCUUGUGGUCACCAAGAAGUUGCAGAAGUGAUCCAUGUUGAUGGGCACAGGAAGAUCCACGAAGCCGCUGCGGGCGGCGGCGGUGGCCAUGGGCCGCAGGCGGUGGUGGUGACGAUCGAGGAUGAAGUCUGUAUCGAUGAGGUAAUGAAGAAGAAAGAGCAUGGGGUUGGCCACGGAUUAUUGCAUGGCAAGCAUGAAGUAGGAGGGAAUUCUAGCUCAAUGGAAGUAGCACCUUCUUCUUGA